CAGUUUUCACUUUAGUAAAUCAAGCAAGAUUGUCUAGUAUUUAUAAAAAAUUACAAACUAAUAAUACACUGCAAAAAUGGCAUUAUGAUUCUAUAAAAAGUAUCAAAGAUUCUAUCGCAUAUUGCAAAAAAAAUCACAACAAAUGUGAUAAAUACAAUCAAAAACUAGUUGAUAGAAAUGAUCCAAAAAGCAAGAUUAAAGGUGCUGUUCUUGAAAAAGUAGAUCCAGAAAAUCCAGAAAAUAAAAAUUUACUUGCAAUAUGUCGAUGCAGUUAUGAAGAUUUAAAUGAUCUUGCAAAUUGUAUUUGUGAUGAGAGUCGAGUUAAAAAAGGUUAUUUGUUUUUAUUACUUUUUCCAAAUGCAUAUAAACGUAAAAGUGCUAACGGUAGAUUUUGGCAAGAUUUUAAUAGUUUAUAUGAAGAAGUUUUAACUAAUGAAUUCAAAGAUCAAAUUAAAUAUUUAGAAUUCUUAAAUCUUCUUGAUCCAAAAGAUUAUAAUGUUCAAAUAAAAGGUCAUGAAAAUGAAAAUUUUUGCCGUGUAUUAUUA